AUGACCUCGCCGGACUCCAGGAAGUCGGUGGACAGCUUGCCUUUAUCAUCUCCGAAAUCUGCUGCGUCUCAGCAAACUCCCUUCCAGCAAGCAGAUAGCAAUAGUAAAUCCGUAUCACGGCAUCGGCUCGGAUCUCGCAGGAGCUCCAAUGCCAGCUCUGUUACAAGCUUGGGUUCGACUUUCCACCCGCCAUUACUGCAACAACAGCACCAGCAGCAUGGGUCAAUAGCAGAGGCCGGCCAAAAUGCAAUCUCAACCCUCCUCCAACCCCCAAUUGUCCGCACUGGACUUCUUCCUCACACGUCCGCUCCACCCAGUGGUUAUAAACCACCUUCCUCUCGUGAUAUACCUCCGGUCACCUUAACGAAUAUUCCGCAUGUUGAUUCUGCGUCCUUCCAACCAUAUCUGCUUCAAGUUGGUUCGUUAUAUGAUGCCUUGCAUCACGCGAAGGAAAAUGGAGAUCAGGACACGAGUAUCAUUAGGAGGAAUACACCUUCUUUGGCCUCGCCAGAACUUGACCAAAUACUCAGCAAGGCGCUUGAUGGGCGUCAGUCAGGGUCACUUUCAUCAUCUGAGCCUCCUACACAGCGUUCUCGACCAUCAUCCAGCCACAGAUCAGCGCUUUCACCAACCCCACUGUCUACUAUACCAAAUGUGUACUUUGAUGAAAACUUCCAACUUGAAAACCCGAGGACGUUUGAUAUAGUGUCGGAGCGAUCAGAGGUUAUUAGUUCUCCAAAGGGCCCCGCACGGCCUGUUUCCGAUGACUUGGCCGCUGAGAGACGUCCCAGCAGGAAAGCGCUCGCUACAAACGCAAUAUUACAGGAGAAACUCUCUUGGUAUUUGGAUACCGUGGAAAUUCAUCUUCUUUCAUCCAUAUCGACUGCUUCAAAGUCCUUUUUCUCGGCAUUAGGUUCCCUGAGGGAUCUCCAUACCGAAGCUGCAACCUCCGUAAAUAAUAUCAAAGUGCUACGUGCAGACUUGGCAAAAUUGGAUGCCGAUAUGGCUCAGGGAGGAUUGAAGGUAGUUAAGCUUCAACGUCGGCGUGAAAAUGUGAGGAAGCUAGCAGAUGCUGUUUGCCAGUUACAGGAAGUCAUUUCUUCCGUGUCGAAAUGCGAGAAACUCAUUGAUAGUGGUGACCUUGAAGACGCCAUUGACGAGCUAGACGAUGCUGAAAGGCUUCUUGUUGGCGAACGGCCGGUAAGGCCCCGACAAUAUAUUACGGACACGGACAGGAUCAUAGAUCUCCGAGGAGUCGAUGCGCUUGAUCGAGCGUCAGAUGAUUUCGCCCAGCUCCGAUCCUACAUAGGGGCUGGUUAUGAGAGCAGGUUCUUAAACAUUUUAUUGGAAGACCUUCGCCAACAUGUUGAAAACUCCUCGCCAGAGGCGACAUUACUUCGACUUGGCAUAGCUUUCCAGAGAUCUCGUCGUGGCCAGCGGAACACUGUCUCCAGUACUCCAGCAUACUUAACUAUUGAUAGUGAGAUGCGGUCAAAGCUUCAGAGAGAGCUCUCCGGCUUGGGUCGGGCCCGCUAUACAAUGACUGGUGCAACAUCUUUCAAAAAUGCCGUCCUCCGAGAAAUGAAAAACAUAAUUCGCCUGAAUCUCCCUAGUUCAACAGAUGAGGACAAUGAAUCUAUUAUGUCUGCUUCAACACAUGGUGGACGACAGUUAAAUCAACAGGAAAAAUCAUCCAUUCUUGCGCGUAACCUUCGGUCUUUGGGUGCAGAUGAUGCAUUUUCAAUGCUCACUACUAUAUAUACUGGGAUUAGUGAGGCGCUUAGAAGACUGAGUGUCCAAGUGAAAGUCUUGCUUGAUAUCACAAGCAAUUUGGGGAAUCCGUCGGCAUCGGUGAAAUCCCCAACUCGGAGUCAAAGCACUCAGAGUUUGGACACCAUGGUCAAUGUUCCAUCGCCAAACACCCUGGCCAGAGAUGAGAUCCUCCAAGUUUUAGAUAUGUCAAGUUUACUUGGCCAAGCCGUGGAUAUAGUCCAGUCGCAAAUUGUGAAGGUAUUAAAGGUCCGAAGUGGGCAGAUCGAGUUCUUCACCCUCGAACAAUUUCUACAAUACUUCACUCUGAAUAGGCUCUUCGCUGAAGAAUGCGAGGCUAUAUCUGGCCGAAGCGGCACUGCCCUUAAAACGGUGGUUGAUACUCAGAUAAAAAACUACAUUUCUAGUUUUGGAGACGCCUGGAAACACCGUAUUGUUCAAGUUAUGGACCUGGAUAAAUGGGAUGCCAAAGAUUUCGGUGAUCGUGAACACACUUUCCUAUCCCGUGUGCUGGAUGCAAGUACACACGAUGCAGAGGUGUGGAGCGCCUCCUCCAGAAUUUGGGACACGGGUGAAAACGACUUAGAACAAGCGGCAGGAAGCAAAGAAGCUCCCGUUAACGGCUCAGGAGCUAAUAAAGAGCGUGUCAGAAGCGCAACUAUUGAUGAGCAGAAAUUUAUUCUCCCAGAGUCUGCCUUCUUAAUAUUGCAAGCUACUGAAGAGUUCCAACACUUCAUGGCAGGUAUACCAAAUGUGGUCCCUGACAUUGCUCCUAUUCUACUUGAGUGUCUCAAGCUAUUUAAUUCGAGAACGUCGCAAUUGAUACUCGGUGCCGGGGCAACGAAGAGUGCAGGCUUGAAAAACAUCACUACCAAACACCUAGCCCUUGCAUCUCAAUCUCUGAGCUUCAUAACUGCCCUUAUUCCCUAUGUCAGGGAGUUCAUUCGCCGACAUUGCCCAUCCACUCCCGUCAUGGGUGAGUUUGACAAAGUCAAAAGACUUUAUCAAGAGCAUCAAUCCGGGAUCCAUGAGAAACUUGUGGAUAUCAUGAGUUCCCGUGCCUCUGUUCAUGUUACCUCUAUGAAAAAGAUGGACUGGGAAGCAGAAUCGAACACAGAUACUACCAGCCCUUACAUGGAAGUUUUAGCGAAAGAAACCGGAACUUUACAUCGAGUUUUGUCCAAGCAUUUGCCAGACUCGACUGUUGCGAUGAUCAUGGGCCCUGUUUUCGCGAGUUAUAAGGACCAAUGGACAGAUGCCUUCCAACAGGCACCGCUGAAGUCCGAAAGAGCUAGGCAAAGAAUGCUAUCCGACGUCCAGUUCCUUCGAUCUAAGCUGGAGAAGCUUGAUGGUGGAAAUGAGCUUGCUAGCCACCUUACUUCAAUCAUUGAAGCAAAACAUGUUGCUGCCAGUUCAUCAUCUCCGACCCCUAGCUCUGGGCCCCCUGCCGUUCCUAGCCGAGACGCAUCAAUCUCACCGAAUACCCGCGAGGGAAACGAUUCACACGAUUCCUAG